AUGGAGGAGAGGAGAAAAAGAGGUUUCACCAACAACGAAAUCGGCCCUAAUACUGAGGAAUCUGACGACGACGACGACGACGACAGUUCGGAAGAAGGGCACUCCGAGAUGGAUGAGGCGCUCAGGGCGGCGGUGGAACAGUCUUUAAACGACGGCGGCAGGUGCGAGAACGGGGUCGACGACACCUGCCCGCGACAUUGGUACCUCUACCGCGGACGACCCCCACACGUCAGCCAGAUGGCGUGGUCAGCGUUGACACCCGCGGCACGCACCCUGCACCUGCGCUGGCUACAGGACCUCCGCGCGAUGCCGGCCCGCCUGCUCGGGAUGAACCUUGCUUCCGCGGCGAUCGAGCUGGUACGCGAGAUGGCCGUAAAACGGCGGUGGAAGUGGGCGACGGUGGCCAAGAGCCUGGCUGCGAUCUCAGGCGCGUUGCGCGACCUGCCGCUGUACAGCAACCAGACGCGGGGGAUAGAGCUUAUGCGGUACCCCGAGUGGCGCGCGGCGAUGAAGGCGGCCCAGCGUUUCGAGCGGGAAUCGACAGCGUCCCCGCCUGCUCCUGUGACUGUGACGGAGUUUGUCCGUGCAAGGAGCGAGCUCCUGCGGCGACACCCCAUGGCGGCGCUCUUCCUCACUCUAAUGUGGAGGUUUGCGGCGCGCGCGGGCGACAUCUCGUCUCUGCUGUGCGCCGAUGUGGCGACGACUGCGCCGGAUGCGAACCCCGACGAACGCAACUUGUUCGAGGUCUCGCUGGCGAUGCGGCGGGGGAAGGGAGCCCGUUUCCGCAGGUCGUCGUACACCGUGGCUUCGACGCUGCGGCGCACGGACGUGUCCCUUCUGCGGCAACUGAUAGGCUACCGACGGCCAUCGCAGCGGCUGUUCAACAGGAGCCUGGCGAACGAAUGCCGAGACGCCAUCCGUGCGGCGCUUCGGCGACAGAACCGGAACACGGCCCUUCCCUCGGUGCGCAAGGGAGCCGUGCGCUUCCUCGCGGCGAAGGGGAUGUCGACGGAGGAGUUGAUGGCCAUAACGGGCCACACGCGCAUCGAAACGUUGCGGCGCUACCUGGGUUUUGGCCCCCCAACGCCGCGGGCAGAAGCUGGGACAACAGCGGCGUCGGCGGAGGAGGAGGACGAAACCGAGCCGGCCAGCGACGACGACCGUGCCCGCCCCGAGCGGAAUUUUUGGGGGCGAGGGCACCGACGGCAGUGA